AUGAACCGUACCAGAUUUGCUCUCCUAAUUGUAGGAGUGCUAUUCCACCUGGUAUACUUAUGGUCCAUUUUUGACAUUUACUUUGUAAGUCCUCUGGUUCAUGGAAUGAGCACUCACAAGUCCUGUGAUCACCCCCCCGCAAAACGGUUGGUGCUGAUAGUGGGGGAUGGGCAGCGUGCUGAUAAGACAUUCGGCAAGAUCAAACACCCAGCUACUGAAGAAUAUGACUAUCUAUCUCCAUAUUUGCGAUCAAUUGUAUUAAAUGAAGGAACGUACGGAAUUUCGCAUACCAGAAUGCCUACUGAGUCACGACCAGGCCAUGUGGCUCUGAUUGCAGGGUUCUAUGAAGAUGUCUCUGCCGUUACAAAAGGAUGGAAAGAAAAUCCUGUUGAUUUUGAUUCCGCUUUCAAUCAAUCUGUGCACACUUAUAGUUUUGGAUCUCCUGAUAUUUUGCCAAUGUUUGCAGAUGGGGCUUCGGAACGAGACAAAGUUGACACUUGGAUGUAUGGCCAUGAGUUUGAAGAUUUUACUCAAAGUUCUAUCGAAUUGGAUACUUUUGUUUUCAAUCAUGUGUAUCAGUUAUUUCAUAAUUCAACCUUAGAUUCGGCGUUGGACAAACAGAUACGUCAAGAUGGAAACAUUUUUUUUCUGCACUUAUUAGGAACCGAUACUGCCGGCCAUGCCUAUAGACCUUACUCUGCGGAAUAUUAUGAUAACAUUAUAAACACUGACAAACAACUCGAGAAACUGGUACCUAAAAUAAACAAGUUUUUUGGAGAUAAUGAUACUGCUUUCAUCUUUACUGCAGACCAUGGGAUGUCUGAUUUUGGUUCACAUGGUGAUGGACAUCCUGAUAACACUAGAACUCCUUUAAUUUGUUGGGGCGCUGGUAUCAAGAAACCUGAAUUUCUUGAUACACCCAAUGAAGAUCCAGAAGGAUACAUGAAUGAAUGGGAUCUUCCGUAUGUGAAGAGACACGAUGUUAACCAAGCUGAUAUUUCGACAUUAAUGAGCUAUUUGAUAGGAUCUCCUUAUGCAGCAAACUCUGUAGGUGAAUUGCCGUUGGAGUUUAUUGAUGAUGAUCCCUUGAAUAAAUUAAAGGGGCUAUAUGCUAAUUCUUUGACAAUAGUUGAACAGUAUCUCGUUAAACAAUUGGAAGUCUCUCAAAGUCAGUUUACAUUUAAGCCGUUUGAGUCAUUUCAACAGGUCUCAAUUGAAGAUCACAAGAGACGAAUUGAGGAUCUUCUCUCACAACUAGCAAAAGAUUAUGACGAAAAAGGGGAAAAAAUUGCAAUUGAUCUUAUCAAGAAUCUUUCAUCGUUGGCCUUGGAGGGGCUUUCAUACUUACAGAAAUACAAUUGGUUGUUACUUCGAUCCAUUGUGACUUUGGGCUUCAUCGGAUGGAUUGCUUACUCAUUUAUUGUGUUCUUGAGUUUGUUUGUUGUUAAGAGGGAUCAUACCGUGGAGCACAACUUUUUAAGCAUAGCAUUUUUUGGAGGUAUUACUGUAUCUCUUAACUACUUAUUAUUCUACCAGAAGUCUCCUCUCAUGUAUUAUCUAUAUGGUGGCUUCCCCAUUUUUUUCUGGUAUGAAAUUUAUGCUCGGCACACUGUUCUGUUUCAUGGAUUAUUGAGAUUCUUUAAGGGAAUCCCAGCCUAUAAAGUAACACUCAUCAUUGGCUUUAUUGUUGUCGUUUUCGAAUGUAUUACAUAUGGAUACUUCAACAGACAAAUAUUUUCAGUGAUCUUUGUCGUUCUGGGACUUUAUCCGGCUAUAGUUGGCCCAAUAUCUGUUGGACGUUUGUUAGCAUGGACCAUAACCUGCAUUUGCAUGUCAUCGUUUACCCUAUUUGAUGCGGUCAAAGUUGAAAGUUUGAGGCAAAUUUUGUCUGGUGGAAUCCUUAUUUUGGUUCUAUCAAUUAGUGGAUUCGUUUACAUUUUGAAAACUUCAACAGCGUUAAAGGAUACGUUCACCAAGGCUAUUGUUCUAUUGCAAAUAGGAUCGGUAGUGUUGGCGUUGUAUACAACUCAAAAAGCUGUCUUAUCAUUACAAUCCAGAGAAGGACUCCCAAGAGAUUGCCAAGUAAUUGGAUGGGCUAACUUAAUUUUCACUCUGAUUGGAUUUCCUCUGUUACAUCAUCUAAGACCAAAUAAAGAUUACAGACUGCGUUGUUUGAUUAUUUUUCUAGUGUUUGCACCAACUUUUAUCAUCCUGACGAUUUCGUUUGAGUCUUUCUUUUAUGCUCUUUUCUCCCUUACUAUAGUUCAAUGGAUCGAAAUUGAGGCAGGAUUUUUGAAAGAAGAGAUCUAUUCCAAGCAUGGUGCAGAUCAUAAUGAGUCUCACAACCAGUGGAUUCAACUUCUACGGCUUGCAGUCAUUGGUUUCUUCUUCCUUCAAGUUGCGUUCUUUGGUACCGGAAAUGUGGUUUCAAUUUCAUCCUUUUCUCUUGACUCGGUGUAUCGACUUUUACCAAUAUUUGACCCAUUCCCUAUGGGAGCUUUAUUGAUGGUAAAGCUAAUUAUUCCUUACGUUUUGCUCUCAACCGGUCUAGGAAUUAUGACACAUAAACUGGAGGUAGCACCAUUUGCUAUCUCGACUCUAAUCAUUUCCAUAAGUGAUAUUUUGUCUCUGAAUUUCUUCUUCUUAGUCAAAACAGAGGGAAGUUGGUUGGACAUUGGGGUGACAAUUUCCAAUUAUUGCCUAGCAAUUUUGUCCAGUUUGUUCAUGUUAAUUCUUGAAUUAGUAAGUAACAUCCUUUUAAGUGGCGUGGAGGUACCCGACAUCAAAAAGACCCUGAAAGUUAUUGAGAGUCUUCAAUUUGAAGGCUAUGACGACAUUUUAAAGGAGUCUUCAGUAUUGAGUGCUGAUGACUCCCCCAUUGCUGCGAGGGUAAGAAGAUCAACUCGAAAAGACAUUAAAUAUACUAGAUAG